UCUGAUGCAUGCGAUUGUGGAGAGGUUCACAAUUCUCUCACCGUGCUCGGGAUAUUUUGGGAUUGUCAUGAAACCAUCAGCAUCCUUACUUGCUGUCAUAGACCUGCUGCAAAUCAACUCAUUGCAAGAGGGCUCUUUCCUUGCACUCCCUACCACCCAUCCUUGGCGGUAUCUCUGGAGAUGCUGGAAUUUGCAACUGAGCUAUUUGCCCACAUGGCACCAAACAACAGAGUGUUUGCAGCUGCCACUGAGGCCGUUCUUGCUGCCAAUGGA